GUGUCUGUAAUCAAUGCAAAUGACUUCCUGUUCCCCCUCGUGUGAGUGCGCCGUCGUCUUAUAACACGGGUGAACUGUGUGAGGGGCAGUUCCACUGGAGAAGCCGUCGCCUGCACAUCAGCUCAUGAUGAUGAAACUCGUGCUGUCUUUCGGUCUCUGUUGGACGCUCAUCAGCACAGCUGCAGCUCUUAAGUGUUGGUUUGGUGACAACACUUAUCAACCCUGCAACGAGCGGUGUGGACUCAUUGUUGCACAGACUUAUAUCCAGGGCAAGCACGUACAGAACAUCACGCAAGCGUGUCUGCCGACGUCCGUCUGCAGACAACGUACAGGUUCAUCGCUCAACAUUGGCUUCCUGUCUUGGGUAGAAUCCAUUCAGUGCUGCGACACAGACGGCUGCAACACAAACACUCUGGCUCCUCAAGACAACAGAGUGUCAGAGAAAGACAACAACCUCCAGUGUUUCACCUGCCCUGAUUCCAAAAAUCCUGACUGUAAGCAAACCCUUCAGUGUCUGGGAGGACAGGACCGCUGCUUUCGUGGGGCUGUGUCAAGUGAAGGCGUCGUUAUUCCUGCCUUUGGCUGCAUCUCUUCAGUGUUGUGUGGAGACGAUAAGCCUUGGUUUAAUAAACCGUUUGGCGUCAUUCAAGCCCUCAUUGGGCCAAACUGCUGUGGGACCAGCUUCUGUAAUUCUGCCACUCCGCCUACCUGUGGCACCAGCACUGUCAGACUGGCUGUCAUCGCUCUGCUCUGCAUGCACUUUGUAGCCUGUUAGGACAUACUGAGUGUGUGUGUGUAUGAAUGUACAGCAAUGCACCGUCAGCUUUCAUUUGACUUAAUCUCAUAGCAUAUUGGCAACAUGAUGUAAUCUGAUGUAAUAGACCUUUAGCACAGCAGAUAUUCUAUUCUAGCCCAACGUCACCCUCUGUCCUUAGACCCUCACAAGUAAAAACUCCACAGAGGGAUCUCCCUGUCAGGAUGGACAGACGUGAAUGUGAAGGUGUCACAUGGACACAAACAAGCUCAGUAGAUUAUCCAAUCCAAUCCAAAGUAAGAACUCUCUCUGGGUUAAAAGCCAACAAAAAUAAAUGGCAGGAGGCUUUGACCAAUCACAGGACAGAAUCUGAAAUACUUUAUUGACCAAUAAAUACUUAAUUGAACCUGUGAUACAUGUACAAGCUUCCUCCCUCUUGUCCUUUCUCUCCCCCAUUUCUGU